AUGGCUAACCCGGUCUAUUAUGCUUAUGAAGCUCAAAUCAAGUCCGCUGAUAUGAGCGAGGACAUGCAGCAGGAAGCCAUCGAAGUUGCGACUGAGGCGAUGGAGAAGUUCCAAAUUGAAAAGUUCGACUCGCGCAAAGGUGCGACCUGGCAUUGCAUUGUUGGGAGGAACUUUGGGAGUUUCGUCACGCACGAUGGCGUGGACAAUGAUGAUGACUUUCCUUCUCUAUCAAUUUCGAAGCGCAGUUUGAUACAAAGUUCUUCCAGCCGCGUUAAGCAACUGAAGAUCCCAGCUCGUCCUCCACGUCGACAACUUCGAGUCGUUUCCCUUAUGGGUGGCGUUGAAUGGGUUGGGUUUCUGCUCUCGAUUCCAGUUUUACUUCGAUUCCUGUAUCAUUUUGAAACUUUUUGA